AUGGAGGUCGGAGGUGGUGGCAUUGUGAGCUUCAAUCGACCACCCAUGGCAGGUGGCAACGAGUGGCACGAUGGGACUUCAAGUUCCAUCCUCAAGCUCAUCGUUCAAAGUCAUGCCUUGUUGGUGCGGCGUGACAAAUUGAUUCAUAUCUUACUAAACUUGAGAGCAUUCACAUUGGCAACCUUCAUAUUGUCUAACGAUGAUGAUAAUGUUGGGGUUAUGGCUUAUGAACACAACAAAAAUAUUAACCCUUUGUUCAUACUCUGUUUCUUAGUUUCAUCUUCCUGUGCAGAGAUCUCAGGCAAAGUAGGUGUCAACUAUGGUCAACUAGGGAACAAUCUACCAACUCCAUCUCGAUCAGUCGAACUAAUCAAAUCCCUGAAAGCGAAACGAGUCAAAAUCUACGAUGCCAACCCAGAAAUCCUCACGGUGCUUAAGAACACUGGUCUGCAAGUGUCGAUAAUGGUGCCAAACGACAUAGUAAAAAACAUGUCCACCAACCAAACACUCACCGAUCAAUGGGUUCACACCAACCUCGUCCCUUUCUACCCAGAAACUCUGAUCCGAUAUCUCAUGGUCGGAAACGAAAUGCUCGACGAUUCUGAUAACUCAACCUGGUUCAGUAUCGUCCCAGCCAUGCGAAAAAUCAAGAAAGCCCUUAAAACCCAUGGAGCCCACAAAGUCAAGGUCGGUACAACUCUAGCCAUGGAUGUUCUCCAAUUUUCGUUUCCACCCUCGAAUGGAACUUUCAGGUCUGAUAUUUCGAGUUCGGUGAUGAAACCCAUGUUACAGUUCUUGAACCGAACCAAGUCCUUCCUCUUCCUCGAUGUGUACCCGUACUUUCCUUGGUCUGCUGAACCCAACAACAUUAACCUAGACUACGCUCUAUUCGAGUCUAGGAAUAUCACCUACACCGACCCAAAAUCUGGAUUGACCUACACCAACCUCUUUGACCAGAUGGUUGACUCGGUCAUCUUCGCCAUGAAACGAGUCGGGUACCCGGAUGUUCGGAUAUGGAUCGCCGAGGCUGGUUGGCCCAAUGGCGGGGAUAUAGACCAGAUUGGAGCUAACAUUUACAACGCCGCCACUUACAACCGAAAUGUAUGA